AUGUGUGCAGCCCCGUGGACUUGGUGGGAGGGGGAGAAGUUUCCCCAAAGACAAGCUUGGAUCACUAAGAGAGACGAUGCCUUUCUCCUCUAGCUCAGUCUCACACGCUGCUCAGUGGAUUUGCUGAUUCCCGAUUAUUUCUGCAAGUUAUUCAACAGGACUGAGGAGAUUUUGAGCCAGAGGAUGCUCCCACAGGUCAUUCGGAUUCUGUAUGUCUUGUCUUUCUGCUUUUUCCAAGGAGGCUUUAUCAGACUGAGCUCCUGUAAGGAGGAGAUAAAGCCCCCCAGCAGGGCAGGACCACAGCUGUCGCCUUCUGACUUCCUGGACAAGCUCAUGGGAAGAACGUCAGGAUAUGAUGCCCGCAUCAGACCCAACUUCAAAGGCAUACCUGUUAAUGUCACCUGCAAUAUUUUCAUCAACAGCUUUGGGUCCAUCACAGAAACUACCAUGGACUACAGGCUCAAUGUAUUUCUACGUCAAAAAUGGAAUGACCCUCGUCUGGCAUACAGCGAAUACCCAGAUGACUCCCUUGAUCUGGAUCCAUCCAUGUUGGACUCUAUCUGGAAACCUGAUUUAUUCUUUGCAAACGAGAAAGGAGCCAAUUUCCAUGAGGUCACCACCGAUAACAAGCUGCUACGGAUUUUCCAAGAUGGCAGCGUUCUGUACAGCAUCAGGCUGACUCUUAUCCUGUCCUGCCCUAUGGACUUGAAGAAUUUCCCAAUGGACAUUCAGACCUGUACCAUGCAGCUUGAAAGCUUUGGUUACACCAUGAAUGACCUGAUCUUUGAGUGGUCUGAAAACCCUGUUCAGGUGGCUGAUGAUCUCACCCUUCCUCAGUUUGUGCUGAAAGAGGAGAAGGAUUUAGGCUACUGCACUAAGAGUUACAACACAGGUAAAUUCACAUGCAUUGAGGUGAAGUUUCACCUGGAACGUCAAAUGGGCUACUACUUGAUCCAGAUGUACAUCCCUUCCCUCCUCAUCGUCAUCCUCUCAUGGGUGUCUUUCUGGAUAAACAUGGACGCUGCACCAGCCAGAGUGGGCCUGGGCAUCACCACUGUCCUGACAAUGACCACGCAGAGCUCUGGUUCCAGAGCUUCCCUGCCCAAGGUGUCCUAUGUAAAGGCUAUUGACAUUUGGAUGGCGGUGUGCCUUCUGUUUGUGUUCGCUGCACUGCUGGAGUACGCUGCAGUUAACUUUGUCUCGAGGCAACACAAGGAGUUCAUCAGGCUGAGGAAAAAGCAGCGGCAACAAAGAAUAGAGGAGGAACUGGUGAGAGAGAGCCGUGGUUUUUACUUCCGGGGUUAUGGAUUGGGUCACUGCCUCCAGACCAAAGAUGGUACCGCUGUGGAAGGGCCCCCCGUCUUCACCCCCCCACCACCAGUUACCAUGUACGACGGCGAGGUACUUCACAAGCGUUUUGUGGAUCGGGCCAAGCGCAUUGACACCAUAUCCAGAGCUGUCUUUCCCUUGAGCUUCCUCAUAUUCAACAUCUUCUACUGGAUCACCUAUAAAGUGCUGCAACAUGAGGACAUCCAUGCAAAUUUGUAA